CAGCAAACUCCAUUUACUCUCCCGAGACCACCUCUCUCGCUGUCAUUUCCAUUGUUGAAUCUAGCUCGCUCCGCCAUGUCCUCAUCGUCUUCAUCCUCCCUUCCUGUCCCAGCCGACUGGCUGCUCCCUUUGAUGGCAUGCCCCCUCUACAGCGACGAGGUCGUGACUGCCGUCGCGAGGACUGGUAACCAGGCUGGUCAUCGCUUCUACAAGUGCAUUCGCUAUGACGCUCGUCAGUGUUGUUUCUUUGAGUUCCAGCGCGUGUACUGCAGGAGGAUGACCCACGAGCAGAUCCUUGCUGCGCAGCAUCAAGCCGGAUGGCAUCCAGCCGGUCAUGGAUUUGCAGUCCAGCACGGCAACGGGGCUGCCCAGAUUGUUCCCGCUGCCUUACAGGCCCAAGCCCAGCAGCACAUCCAGCCGCUUCUUCAGCCGCAGAUCCAGGCUCCAGUGCAGCCGCCCCCGCCAUCGGCGAAUCAUCUCAUUGCUGAUGCAUUCAGGCCCGUUGUAGCUGCCGCCGCCUCACCUGGAGCACAAGGCCUGGCUGCAGUAGCUGUCCUGAUGGCCGCUAUCAACAUCAUGCUCACUGUCCUUGUGCUGAUGGUCGUGCUCGCAAUGUACUUUGCUUAAGCAAAUUGGGGACAUCGUUUCAAGCAGACGCAGUAGAGCGUGUAGUUUAGUCAGGGCAUGUUAAUUGCUAGCAAGGGUGGCUCCCUCUACCUCUAAGCCUGUUUCCCCCUAUCAUGUCGUCCAAAAACUAAG